CAACUCUAGCCCAGCUUUAACAGGCCUAACGGCUUAAGACCCAAACACGGCAUGUUUUCAGGCGGGGCGGUUAGUCGGUUUUCUUGUGUUUUCUUGAAACAAUAAAAAGUGUUUUCAAAAGCAAAUUUAGGUUUGUUUUGAAAAUCAGUUGCAGAAGUGUUCACUCCCCAAAUGUCACUGCAAACCUUGAAAGAAACCCUUAAACCAUGCUCAAACCCUUCUUCUUCUUCUUUCCAAUCCAACAAAACCCACACAGAGACCUCAAUUUACCCCAGCUUUGACCCCUCAAUCUCUCGCAAACCUCCCAAAUCCUCUCUGUCUCAGCAGCUUCUGCGCCUCGAAGACUCCUUCUUUCUUCCCCCAAUUCAACCGCAGAGCCUCCAGAAACGAACCAACGAGCUCGUUGUCGGCGACGAUGAAGAAGAGGAAGAGGAGGAAGAGACCGAACCAAAAGGGUUUGUGAGGGCUAAAAUAAGCAGCCAUUUUCAGUUUGAUCAUACAGGACCCUUUGAACCGUUGAUCUUGUCCUUGCAAGGAGAAAUGCCAGUUGUACAAGUUCCUGCAUCCAUAAACUGUAGAUUGCUUGAACAUCAAAGAGUGGGUGUUAAGUUUCUAUAUGGUUUGUACAAGAACAACCAUGGAGGUAUUCUUGGAGAUGACAUGGGAUUGGGUAAAACCAUUCAAACAAUUGCAUUCUUGGCUGCUGUGUUUGGGAAAGAUGGAGAUACCGUUGAUUCUCAUAUACUGAAGAAAAAUCAACCUGGGAAGAAAGACCCGGUAUUAAUAGUUUGCCCCACUUCAGUCAUCCACAAUUGGGAGAGUGAAUUCUCUAAGUGGUCUAAUUUUAGCGUUUCUGUAUACCAUGGUGCAAACAGGGACCUGAUAUUUGAUAAACUGGAAGCACAUGGAGUUGAGAUACUUAUUACCAGCUUUGAUACAUAUAGAAUCCAUGGAAGCAUUUUGUCAGAGGUCAAAUGGGAAACUGUGAUUGUUGAUGAAGCACAUCGCCUUAAGAAUGAAAAAUCAAAACUCUAUAGGGCAUGCCUGGAAAUUAAAACUUUAAAACGCUAUGGUCUUACAGGAACCAUAAUGCAGAACAAAAUUAUGGAAUUGUUUAAUCUCUUUGACUGGGUUGCACCUGGAUCUUUGGGAACUCGUGAACACUUUCGGGAGUUUUAUGAUGAACCACUCAAACAUGGUCAGAGGUCAAGUGCUCCAGAAAGAUUUGUCAAGGUUGCUGAUAAGAGAAAACAGCACCUAGUUGUUGUUCUUCAUAAGUAUUUGUUGAGAAGGACAAAGGAGGAGACAAUUGGGCAUCUUAUGAUGGGAAAGGAAGAUAAUGUGGUAUUUUGUACUAUGAGUGAAUUGCAAAGGCGUGUGUACAGGAGAAUGUUACAGCUACCAGACAUCCAGUGCCUAAUAAAUAAGGACCUUCCAUGUAGCUGUGGAAGCCCCCUUACUCAAGCUGAAUGUUGCAAAAGGAUUGUACCAAAUGGUAGUAUUUGGCCCUAUCUUCACAGGGAUAACCCUGAUGGUUGUGAUUCAUGCCCCUAUUGCCUUGUCCUUCCUUGCCUUGUCAAGCUCCAACAGGUAAGCAAUCAUCUGGAGCUUAUCAAGCCUAAUCCUAAGGAUGAUCCAGAGAAGCAAAAGAAAGAUGCAGAGUUUGCUUCUUCUGUGUUUGGAUCAGAUAUUGAUAUGGUGGGGGGGAAUAUGCAGAACGAGAGUUUUAUGGGUCUCAGUGAUGUCAAACAUUGUGGCAAAAUGCGAGCUUUAGAAAAGUUAUUGUGCUCUUGGAUUUUACAAGGUGACAAAGUUCUUUUGUUCAGUUACUCUGUCAGGAUGCUGGACAUACUGGAAAAAUUUCUUAUACGUAAGGGCUAUUGUUUUUCAAGACUUGAUGGUUCUACACCAACCAACCUGCGCCAGUCUCUUGUUGAUGACUUUAACUCAAGUCCAAGCAAACAGGUGUUCCUUAUAUCAACUCGAGCUGGAGGGCUUGGGCUGAAUCUUGUUAGUGCAAAUCGUGUGGUGAUAUUUGAUCCAAACUGGAAUCCUGCUCAAGACUUACAAGCACAGGACAGGUCAUUUCGUUUUGGGCAGAGGCGACAUGUUGUGGUUUUCCGCCUUCUUGCAGCUGGUUCCUUGGAGGAACUUGUUUAUUCACGUCAAGUGUACAAACAGCAGCUUGCAAAUAUCGCUGUUUCUGGGAAAAUGGAAAAACGAUAUUUUGAAGGUGUCCAGGAUUGCAAGGAAUUUCAAGGUGAACUUUUUGGAAUUUGUAACUUAUUUCGUGAUCUUUCUGAUAAACUCUUUACCAGCGAAAUCAUUGAUUUACAUGAAAAGCAACAACAAGAACAUGGGCUUCAUCAUAGUGAAAAACAAGAAUUAACCAAACUUGGAAACAGUUUAAUUCCUUCAAAAGAAUUUGGCCCUGCAUCUUCAUCAGGGUCUGAGAUUAGAAUAACCAGUGAUUCCAAAAAAGCUUCAACAAGUACCCCUGUGCUUGAAGAUCUAGGUAUUGUUUAUGCUCAUCGCUAUGAAGACAUAGUGAACCUAGGACCUGGGAUCCAAGGGAAGCUGGAAGAGGAGGGCAUACCUCAGCAUGAUAGUCCGAGGCAGUCCAUCAUUCAUGCUGCUCGGAGAAAGAAACCAGAUGGUAUAACCAAACAAGAGAACAAUGCUGCUGCUUCUUCUUCAUCCGAUGGCCGGAAAAGAGCUCAGUUUAGCCUCCUUGCUAAGUUCAUGGGAAUGGGAGAGAUUGAAUUCAGCAAGUGGUUAAUUUCUGCAACUCCUUCACAGAGAGAGAAUGUGCUUAGAGAGUACAAGAAGAGAAAAAAGAAAAUACCAAAUGAUUGAGAGAUUAGAAUGUAUAUUGAUAUGUAAAUAAGUCAGCUGUUUUAUAUAAUUCUGUAUAUACAUUUCUGUUGUAACUUGUAUAGUAGGUGGCCCGUUUACCCAAAGAAAAAAGAAAAUUGUAUGGUAGUUGGCUCUACAGGAAAUAAUCAUGUACUACAGAAUACUCAACUAAUAAAGAUGUAUUUUAUUCACCAAAAAAUUUAAAUUAAAAAAAAAAAACUGUAAAGAUAUAUUAAUUGUUUGUA